AUGGCGAGCAUGUCGAUUAAUGCGGUCCCUCACGUUUACAUGCCUAUAUUAGACUUCGUGAGAGCCGAAUUUAUAAUCAAUAUUGUUGUGGGCGUUUUGGUUUUGAUCACAGUUGGGUUGAGAGUCUUAGGGAGAAUCAACGGGCCGGGACUUGGUGCGGAUGAUUAUCUGGUAAUCUUCGCGACGCCUCUAGGUAUUGCCAUGUUAGUAUGCCAAGGCCUUUUUGCACCUGUAGGAAACGGCUAUAACUUGGCCGAACAUCCAGAACUUGCACUUAAUAUUUCGUUUAUCCUCCAGUUGACGUUCUGUAUGCAAAUCAUAUACGUUACCCUUCUGGCAACAGUAAAAGCGAGCAUGUUGUUUUUCUUCUUACGCGUUUUUACUACCCCCUUCAUGCGAAAAGCUGCUAUGAUCUGUCUGGCUUUCGUGGGAGCAUGGAUGAUAUCCUACCUUUGUGCCUGCAUUUUCAUUUGCACUCCAGUCCACGCACAGUGGACUGGCCUUGGUCAAUGCGGUGCAUAUAUUCACAUGAUUCAAUCUUUAAUCAUUACGAACGCUAUCGGAGAUAUUGUUAUCAUGGCGCUCCCGAUGAAGAUUAUUUGGGGUCUACAAACGCGAACAACGGACAAGAUUGGAAUCACUUCGUGCUUCGCGUUGGGUAUUGCUUGCGUUAUAUGCGCUAUUUUCCGAGUUAUCUACAUUUCCACGGUCGACCUGAACAGCAAUAUCACAGGAACGAUGCCUACCACGGUUUUCCUCUUCAGCCUGGAACCCAACGUGGCUAUUCUUUGCGUCAGUAUCCCCAUGCUUCGGCCGUUUUGGGUGAGGUACAGGGAACGAACUCGCGGCGCCUCUAAGCUACGCGAGUACUCGGAUGAACAAACUAUCGGAUCCAAGGGCAUGAAGAAUUCAGGCCAACGAAGCAAGAAUGCGAACACCUUGACGGAUACUAUGAACAUGACAACGUGGGAGAUGGACGACUACAACAACCAAGAGACGAACAAAUUUGAUGGCGCGGGACAAACGUACGCAGAUGAAUCAGGGUCGGAGAAGAACUUAACCGCAUCCCCCCAGCAACCAGGAAAGAACGGGAUUGCCGUUGAGACGAAAUGGACUGUUACUCGGAACUAA